AUGCCAACUUGUGCUUCAAAUUGUCGUCGUAAUGUGGACCCGUCAUCCGAUGCACAGUUUCCGUGCCGUGGCUUCAAUUUUCGACCUGGUAAAAAUCCAGUGUGUGAGCUGAUUAAGAUGGGGAAUGAUACGACAAAUGAGCCAAUCCAGACAAAGCAGUUAUCGUUCUACUUCCAGAAGACCUGUUUUAGAGUGCCUGCUCGGUGCGUUGAAUCGGCUUUCGUGUUCGACGUCAGGCGCGGACACACUCUCAGAUCCACUUCAGAAUCCAGAACAGCUUACAGUGUCGAACAAUGCGCCGAUAUCUGUUUGGCCGAAGAGUGCAAAGCUUUCGUUUGGGACGAAGCAAACGAGAAAUGCCGAUUCUUCAACACUGCGGAUAGACAGGACUUGGAACGCGACGUCAAUUUUACCUACUAUGAGAACAACUGUCUUGGUCCUGAAUCACGUUGCCCGAUUGGACGCGUGGAAUUUCUUCUGGUCAAACAUGCAGAUGUUCCUUCUUUUGGUGUUUCUGUAGGCGUCAAAAGUAUAAGAAACUGUAUGAAGGAGUGUGUUGACACGACUUUGUUCCAUUGCAGAUCUUCGCAGUUCAAUGCUGUGUCUAGCGAAUGUUUUAUAUCGGACGAAAACUCUGAUGUGGCUGUCGCUUCAGCGAAUCUCGACUUAUACGAAGCAUUUUGUUCAACUGCGGCUGAGGGAGUAGCAAACUGUAAUCGACCGUAUUCCUAUGAGAAGCUCAUUACCUCACGACUUUCUGAUACACCGAAGGUCCACGAGUUGAAAAACGCUACCGUAGAUGCCUGUUUAUCGGAAUGCUCAAGCUCGAUAAGGAAAUGUCGAUCAGUGAACUAUGAUGUCAGCACAAAAAGUUGUUUAUUAUUGUCUAAGGCUAGAAAUGACGGCGCUGUGCUAGUGCAAGAUGAUAAGUAUGAUUACUACGAACCCGCCUGCUUUGAUGUCGACGAAAAAGCGAAUGCACUUGCAAAUCAAAGUUAUACACUAUUGGAAGCUAAUCGCACACUUCGGCAAGAAUAUCGAAAUGUUCAGCUUCUACAAACUGGGAACUUGUUCACUUGCUGGUCAUUGUGUCAAAAUGCAACGUCUUUUUUCUGCCAUUCCUUUGCUUAUUCUGCUACUCGGCUUGAAUGCGUUGUAUCAUCAAAAAGAGUUAUGCUCAAUGAAAACUACGAGAAAUUUACGCAGAAGAGCCCGAUUUUUGACCUUUACAUUCGGCUGGAUAUCUCUGAAAAAGUUGCUGUUACGACAGCGAAGCCGAGAAGUGAAAUUCCAUUCCCCACGCUCAUACACGAUUCAGCGAUAAGUGAGAAUAACGACAUUGGUGAAGGCUCAAGCACCCUUGCACCAACUUCCCUAACAACCUUCACAUCUGCUCGGGGGUCUACCGCUUCCGUCAAAAUAGACUACUUCGGGAGAUCUAGCCAAUCGGAUUCGAAAUUCGAUCCAUUAUUCAAGUUCAGGGAGCCGCUUGGACCGAAUUCUUCUGAUGAACUGAACUUGAAUGCGAUCAUCGCCGAUCCCGAACUACAGCAGCUGUCUGAUUACGAAGCCAUUCCACGACUAGCUUUGCCUUCAGAGCGCAUCGCUUUCGUCAACCCAGAUAAAGUCAAAGUCAGCGCUGAAUGUCAUGACACGGGGAUAAAUGUGUCGUUUCACCUCGAUGACGGUGAGCAGUAUACCGGUGCUGUAUACGCGGCAGAACGAUUCGAACAAUGUCGAAUAUUUUUGCGAUCAUCGAGGAGUUUUGCAAUAUUUAUCCCACGACCACAGCAUAAUACUUGGUGCAAUGCAUUGGAGAUUGACAAGGUGGUGUCAGCAGUGAUCGUGAUGUCGAACGAUCGAGUACUGCCACAUGAUGUUACAACAAAGGAUGAUCUCUUCUUCCAUGUUACUUGCAAUUAUUCAACACCUAUAUUGGACAAAAUUCGGCAUGGAAUCGUUGUGGGUGGUCCCUCUCCUGUAUCUAUCACAUCAAAAGAGCUACAUCGUCAUGUAUAUUUGCAAAUCAUGAAAAAAGGACGGCCUGUGGAUAGCGUUUUUAUCGGUGAAGCCCUCAUUGCCAGAGUUGAAAGCGACAUUCCACCUGAGCGACUUCGAGUCAUGGAAUGUACAGCACAUCGAGUUGGAGGAACUGGAGCACCCACUUCUGUUAGCCUCAUCACCGAUGGUUGCGCCCUUCUUCCUUCCUUGAUGGCACCAAUGAAAGUGGGGCCAAAUGGCUGGGAAUCGGCAUUAUCAGCUUUUCGUAUAGAUGGAAGUGAACAGAUUGAUAUCGUCUGUUUGGUGGCAGUCUGUCCAGAUGACGCCUGUCCCAACGUUAGCAUGACUUGUCCUCCGAACAAGGAUCGACGGUCCCGCUCUCUUGCCGAGAAGCAUCCAAUUCGAGUUGACCAUCGUUUGAUUGUGAAGGCCAGAGCUGCUGACAGCUUCCAAAAAGACAGCAGAACGUUUCCUGAAGUAUGCCUGCAACCAACAGUAUACCUCUCCGGCCUUACUUUGCUCGCCCUAUCCCUGGCAGCUUUGGCCGUGUCUCUGUGUGUAGGAGCGAAGCGAAGAAGUGAUUCAGUGGAAGACCUCCUAUCUAUAUCACAGAUCUCCACACAACAGAAGAACGUCGGCGCAAAAUACGUAAAGACCUUGUCGUUGUGACAGCUUUGAAAGCUGUUAUUUAGUAGAAGUAUG